AUGGCCGACACUGUUUCCAACUUGUCUAAGCGUCCAUCCGACGACGAAUUGUUGCAAUUGUACGGAUUGUACAAGCAAGCCACUGUUGGCGACAACGACACCGCUAAGCCUGGAGUGUUUGACUUGAAGGGCAAGUACAAGUGGCAAGCAUGGGAGGAUUUGAAGGGUACCACUCAGGAGGAGGCUGAGCAGAAGUACAUUGCUUUGGCCACCGAGUUGAUUGAGAAGUACAAUUAG